AUGGCGGCACGACAGCAUAGCAUCACGACCAUCGCGUCCGACAUUGUGCCUGGAACAGUCCAUCUGAUUGAUAUCGAAGGCCACGAGACGCAUGGACGACAUCUGGAGGGCGGCGAUUCCAGAAUCGUGCUGGUUCCACAGCCAAGUAAAGACCCAGAAGACCCUCUGAAUUGGACACGGAAAAGGAAGUUCUGGAGUCUUUUCAUGGUAUAUGUAUAUACUCUUGGUGUGGGAAUACCGACUACGCUGCAUUACUCAGUGAUUGCGGAUAUCACUCGUGAUACCGGUAUCUCAACAACAGAUCUCGUCCAAGGAAAUGGAGUCAUGUUCUUGUUCCUUGGCUGGGCUUGCCUAUUUUGGCAGCCGAUCGCUAUGGCGUACGGACGACGAGGAGUGUAUCUUAUCUCCUGUCUAUUGCUCGUUCCGACUAUGGUGUGGACUGCUUACUCGACAUCUGCCGCAGAAUGGUAUGGCCACAGAGUAUUCAUCGGAAUUGUGUGCUCGCCUAUUGAGUCUUUGCCGGAGAUAUCCAUUCCUGAUCUGUUCUUCGCCCACGAGCGCGGUACUUGGAUGUCAACGUACGUGAUGGUCUUGUUCGGAAGCAACUUUAUCUCGCCAAUUAUGGCAGGAUGGAUGGACGACGGAAUUGGAUGGAGAUGGACAAUGCAUGCAGGCGCAAUCAUCGCCGCUGUCGCUUUUAUCAUCCUUUUCUUCGGAAUGGAAGAGACCAUGUACUUUCGUCAUACUGUGGAAGGCAUUGAGGUUGACACGCCGCCCUCGGAAGCUUCACCCGAGCUCAUCACCAAGACUAUUGAGAAGCCCACUCAGAAGUCGUCUGCGAAAUCUGGUGCUGAUUCGCCUGCAGUCUCAGAGAAAGGCACGUCUCAGCCAUCGUUCCAGCCGGCGCGCACAAACAAACAGAAGUUGAAGUGGUUUGUACUCUGGGACGGCAGACCGAGCAUCAAAGAGGUACUGACGAUGAUGUGGCGUCCUCUGCUCAUCAUCAUCCGGUUUCCGAAUAUAGCUUGGGCCGGCUUCAUCUAUGGCAUCAACCUGAGCUGGUAUAAUGUUCUGAACGGGACAGCAAGUCCUGUUCUGAGUGCUCCUCCAUACAGCUGGCGAGCGGCGUUGGUUGGAACCAUUUAUGUUGGACCUUUGAUUGGAGCAGGUUUGGGUUGUUUGUGGUCAGGCAUCGUGGCCGAUAAGCUUGCGCUGUAUCUGGCGCGACGUAAUAACGGCACUCGAGAACCUGAACACCGUCUGUGGCCACUUGCGAUAGCCGGAUCCUUCUCCGCUGUCGGCUUGAUCACCUGGGGUGUAGGAGCCGACCAUCACGUACAUUGGAUCGGUCUUAUCUUCGGCCUCAUGAUGAUGACUUUUGGCGUGGUCGUAGGUGGAAGUAUCGGCCUUUCUUAUGCGGUCGACUGUUUCAAGGAGAUCAGUGGCGAAUCGAUGGCCUCCAUCAUCAUCAUUCGAAACACAAUUGGCUUCGGAUUCUCGUAUGCCAUAACGCCAUGGUAUACGAACAUGGGCCUGACGAGUUGCUUCAUUACCGCCGGCUUCGUAGCUUUGGCGUGUAUGGCGACAUUCCUGAUUAUGAUCAAGUAUGGCAAGGCCAUGCGAAGAGGCUCCGCGCGUUUGUACUGGAAAUUUGCUGAAACCACGGUCGGUGCUCACUGAUAGGACGGUAGAACAUCGCAGAUAGCCCGGCCUACGUAUUCCAAUCC